GCGCUCAGUAGGCGAUCGGCUCUGAAGGAUCGGUGGCAGGUUGGAAAUGACAAAGAAUUUUUGUGCAGGAGUCUUAUACAACAAGCAGCAUUAGGGUUGUGAGUUUUAAUGCCUCUGUCCAGAUAUUUAUGGAGUGAUCAGAUACCAAUAUAUCUGUUGUUGAUCCUAGGAGAUGAAGAAGUAUCCCAUCCCUGGUGGAAACAUGAUUUGUGCCUGAAGUGAAGUUUUAUGUUGUAACUGUAAAAUCCACUGGAAGUAGGACCCUGAGAAAACACCAGCAUUUGAUCACUUGAGAUUUCUUCAGUGUGGGAUUCUCUCACUCAGCGAGCCACAGAAACAUAAGGGAAUUCACAGAGAAGAGAGGCCAUUCACCUGAUGUUUGUGUUGGACAGGAUCUGCUCAGUCACUCAGCUGAAGAUACAUCAGCAAGUUCAUAUUACAGUGAGAUGGUUCAUCUGUUCUGUCUGCAGGAAGCAAUUCAUUCAGUCACCAAGCUGACGAUACAUUAGAAAAUUCACGUCAGUGAGGGGACAUACUUGCUCCAUGUAUAGGAAGAGAUUUACUCACUCUGCCAACCCUGACACACACCAUUGAGUUCAGAAAGGACAGAGACUUCAACGAUUCCGUGUGUGGAAAGAGAUUCACUCGGCGAUGUGAUCGCAUUGGUGAGAGACUGUUCACCUGCUUAGACUAUAGGGUGGCUUUGAUUUUCUCAUCUGAUCUAUUAGCACACCUGUCACUUCACACUGGGGAGAUGUUGUUCACCUGCUCAGACUGCGGGAAGAGGUUCAAUCGAUCUUCUGCCCUAUUGGUACACCAGCGAGUUCACACUGGGGAGAAGCCAUUCACCUGUUCAGUGUGUGGGAAGGGAUUCGCUCUGUCAUCUAACCUAUUAGCACAUCAGCGAGUUCAUACUCGUGAAAGGCCAUUCACUUGUUCAGUGUGCGGAAAGGGGUUCACUCGAUCAUCUGCCCUAUUAGUACACCAGCGAGUUCACACUGGGGAGAGGCCAUUCACUUGUUCAGACUGUGGGAAAGGAUUCACUCAGUUAUCUCACCUACAAGCUCAUCAGCGAGUUCACACUGGUGAGAGGCCAUUCACCUGUUCAGUGUGUGGGAAGGGAUUCAGUCGAUCAUCUGCUCUAUUGGUACAUCAGCGAGUUCACAGUGGGGAGAGGCCGUACACCUGUUCAGUGUGUGGGAAGGGAUUCACUCAAUCAUUUCCCCUAUUGGUACACCUGCGGGUUCACACUGGGGAGAAGCCGUUCACCUGUUCAGACUGUGGGAAGGGAUUCACUCAAUCAUUUGACCUACAGGCACACCAGUCAGUUCACACUGGGGAGUGGCCAUACACCUGUUCAGACUGUGGGAAGGGAUUCAUUACACCAUCUAAGCUAAAGAUCCAUCAGCGAGUUCACACUGGGGAGAAGCCUUUCACCUGUUCAGACUGUGGGAAGCAAUUUACAUGGUCAUCUGACCUAUUGGCACACCAGUCAGUUCACACUGGGGAGAGACCUUUCACCUGUUUGGACUGUGGGAAGGCAUUCACUCAGUUCUCCCACCUACAGACACACCAGCGAGUUCACAUGGUAGAGACGCCGUUCACCUGCUCAGAGUGUGGGAAGGCAUUCUCUCAGUCAUCCCACCUAAAGACACACCAGCGAGUUCAUACUGGGGAGAGGCCAUUCACCUGUUCGGUGUGUGGGAAGGGAUUCACUCGAUCUCGUCACCUACAGGGACACCAGCGAGUUCACACUGGGGAGAGGCCUUUCACCUGUUCAGUGUGUGGGAAGGGAUUCACUCGAUCAUCUGUGUUAUUGGCACACCAGCGACUUCAUACUGGAGAGAGGCCGUUCAUCUGUUCAGUCUGUGAGAAGCGAUUCACUCGAUCAUGGGACCUACAAGCACACCAGCAAGUUCACACUGGUGAGAGGCCAUUCACCUGUUCAGUGUGUGGGAAGGGAUUUACUCAGUUAUCUUCCCUGCAGGCACACCAGCGUAUUCACACUGGGGAGAGGCCGUUCACGUGUUCAGUAUGUGGGAAGGGAUUCACUCGAUCCUCUGUGUUAUUGGCACAUCAGCGACUUCACACUGGGGAGAGGCCAUUCACCUGUUCGGUGUGUGAGAAGCGAUUCAGUCGAUUAUGUGGCCUACAAGCACACCAGGGAGUUCACACUGGGGAGAGGCCAUUUACCUGUUCAGUGUGUGGGAAGGGAUUUACUCGAUCACAUGACCUACAGACACACCAGCGAAUUCACACUGGGGCAAGGCCAUUCACCUGUUCAGUUUGUGGGAAGGGGUUCACGCAGUCAUCUUCCUUGCAGGCCCACCGACGAGUUCACACUGGAGAGAGGCCUUUCACCUGUUCAGUGUGUGGAAAGGGAUUCACUCAAUUAUCUUCCCUACAGGCACACCAGCGAGUUCACACUGGGGAGCGACCGUUCACCUGUUCAGUAUGUGGGAAAGGAUUCACUCAAUUGUAUUCCCUAAAGACACAUCAGCGAGUUCACACUGGGGAGAAGCCAUUCACCUGUUCAGUGUGUGGGAAGGGAUUCACUCGAUCGCAUGACCUGCAGACACACCAGCGAGUUCACACUGGGGAAAGGCCUUUCACAUGUUCCGUGUGUGGGAAGGGAUUCAUUCGAGCAUCUAAUCUGAAGGUACAUCAGCGAGUUCACACUGGGGAGAGGCCAACUACUCACUAAGAAUGUGGGAAGGGAUUCCCUUGGUCAUUUGACUUGACACAGCAGUCUGUUCACACUGGGGAGAGGCAAUUCACCUGCUCAGAUUGUGAAAAGGGAUUCACCCAAUCAUUUGACCUACUGGCACAUCAACUAGUUCACACUGGGGAGAGGCCAUUCACCAGUUCUCACUGUGUGAAGAGACUUAUUCUAACAUGAUCUACAGGAACAUCAGUCAUUUCACACUGGGAAGUGGCUUAACGCAUGCUCAGACUUUGGGAAGGGAUUUGCUAAGGCAGCUAAACUGAAAGUACAUCGGAGUUCACAGUGGGGAAGGUUUGUUCACCGGCUUUGACUGUGGGAAGGGAUUCACUUGGUCAUCUGACCUAUUGGCACGCUAGCCAAUUCACACUGGGGAGAUGCAGUUAUCUGCUCAGACUGAAGGAAGGCUUUGACUCAGUCAUAUCACCUGCAGACUUGACUUGACUUGCUGAAUACAGAGGCAAGUUCAAAAGUGACUUGGUGUUGAAUUCUGCAAUUAUUGCUGCUGCUCUUCACGCCCAGUUCUGCACCUGAGUUUCAACUUCUGGACAGCUAAGAGCAUAUGAUGAAGGAAACAGAGUGGGAGGGGAGGGGUGUCAUGGCAUCGAAUGACAGUGUAGCAAUGUUUGGAAGUUGAUUGAGAAAAUAAAUUAGGGUUACUUAGACUGUUGACAGAAAGUAUAUUGCUUGUGGUAGCUUGUUGUGUUGAACAAGCCACUGAAUUCUUACAAAAGGAGUGGCUGGAUUGGUGUCAUUUGGUAAGGGGUGACAAUGCUUGAAAACUGUUCUUACCCAGAAGUCUGUGAGCUUAAAAAUAUACUAUCAUUGUGAAUCAAAUGCGGAGCUGUCAACAGUCCAAAAGUUGUGCCAAAAGAUGCGCAUGCGUUCAGAGGAUAAAGUGUUCCAGAAAUCGGUGCACUGGACCACCCAAGCACAGCUGAGAUGCUGCUAUCUAAAGCUAAGGAUUUGUGAGUCAGACAAAAAGUGUAUUUCUGCACUGGUAAGUGCACAGUGGGGGUACAUUAUUCACCUGCUCUAUACAGAAACACCAGUGACUUCAUGGGAUGCAGUUUAAAUAACUGUUGAAUUUUGAACUAUCAAAAUUGGUGAAUCUAGUUGCAAGUUCAAGAGUGACAGUUGGUGUCAGAUUCUGCAGUUAUUGCUGCUGUUCAUCACACCUGGAACUGGACACAGGAGGGGUUUGCUCUAGUAAUAUUAGUCUUUCAUUGGACUUCAGUUAAAUAUUGUGGAUUUGUCUUAAUAAAUCUAUCCACCAACACAUUGAUUUAUGUGCCAACACAGAAAAUAUUCUGCGAAGAGCUGAAGAAUGCAGUGAGCUAUCCCGUGGAAUUAAUAAAAUCAGAAUGAUAUCACGAGCAAAUUGGUGUUUAGUAUUUGCAGUGUCCAGCAGAUCCUGGUUAAUUGGUGCACCAUUUCGCCCAGUUAGGAGGCUAUCCCAAUUAGCCAAAGUUUCAUGGAAAUUGUUAAAAAGAUAUAAAAAAAAGUCAGUGUACCAUUUAACUAACAUUAUGUACUUAAAUGAAAUACAAAACAAAGAAGAACACUACCAAUACUAUGACAGUACCAUAAAACUGUAUCAGUUUCUAAUAUUUUUUGAAUGGGUAAUUAAUCCAAUGUCUGUGGCCAUGUCCUUUUGAUUGACUGUAAGUCAACAAUCAGUGUAGGCACCUUGUGCAGAAUAUUGUCUGCCUUAAUCCAAUGCUUUUGACAAUUACAUCCUCCAAACCUUAAUUUUCAUUGUAACAUUUAAGAUGAUUCAAAUUCAUCAUGGUUCCUGAAUGUUGAAGGAAUGAAAUUGUUUCAUUUUCACUCCCGGCCAUUUCUGACAUUUCCAAGCCUGAAUGCUUAAAAUCGCAGUGAGCAGAACAGUUUUGAAUUGUCUUACUACUUAUUUCUCGCCAACUAUCAGUGACAUAAAUCACUGCUUUUUCAACACAAACACAAGCAAUUGACGCUAUUUAAAAACUGUUUGCUCUGAGCAUGGUGUAGUGUCUUCUGCCACACAAGUGAUUGCGACUGAAGCUAAUUAGAAAAUGUUCAGUAACAGUUUCCUGUCCUAGUUAAGUGGAGACUGCCCCAAAUAAAGGAAGGAAUACCUAUCUAUUUUCUCGAUGAUCUUUUUUCUCUAAGUUUUCUUAAAUAUGUGGCUGCCCCAAUUUACUGGAUCCAUUGUACUUACACACUAAUUCUCAACAAAUAUUACGUACCAUCUACAUGAUUAUACUUCAAAUAAAUUCACCAUAGAACACUACAUCACAUUCCAGGCACUUCGGCUCACAACAUUGGGCCAGUCUUUUAAACUGAUCAAUCUAUCAUUCCCCUCCUACACAGCCCUCUAUUUUUUUUUAACAAUCACCAAAAAGUUCCUAAAUACACUAAUGUAUCUGCCUUUACUAUAAAGCAUGGCAGGGCAUUCCACCUACAUGCCAUACUCUAUGUCAAAAAUAUCUCUGACAUUGGACCCUAUACCUUCCUCCAAUUACUUUAAAGUAAUGCUCAUUUGUGUGAACCAUUUCCACCCUAUGAAGAAAAGUCUCUGGUUAUCCACUCAAUCCAUACCUCUUAUUAUCUUGUACAAUGCUAUGAAAUCAACUCAUACUCCAAUUCAAAGAAGAAAGGUCUAGCUUCUAUAGAAGAUUCAUAGAAAACCUACAGCACAAUACAGGCCCUUCAGCCCACAAAGCUGUGCUGAACAUGUCCUUAUCUUAGAAACCACCUAGGGUUACCCAUAGCCCUCUAUUUUUCUAAGCUGUACCUGUCCAGGAGUCUGUUAAAAGACCGUAUUGUAUCUGCCUCCACCACUGUCACUGGCAGCUCAUUCCACACACUCACUCCUUUCUGCAUAAAGAAAUUACCCCUGACAUCUUUGUGUCUACUUCCAAGCACCUUAAAACUGUGCCCUCUCACGCUAGCCAUUCCAGCCCUGGGAAAAUGCGCCUGUCUAUCCACACGAUCAAUGCCUUGCAACAUCUUUUACACAAAUACACUUAUACAUAUUCAGUCAGCAUCUUGGUAAAUCUCUUCUGCACACUGUAAAACAUCCACAUUCUCUCUAUAAUGAAAUGACCAGAACUGAACACACUCAUCUAAGUGUAGCUGAAACUUGGAAGUGCAACAUUACGUCCCAGCUCAUUAAUUAGUUAAUUCUUCUUCACCAUACAAGAAGAGAGGCUGUACUUGAUCUGGUAUUGGCAAAUGAACCUGGUCAGGUGUCAGGUCUCUCAGUGGGAGAGCAUUUUGGUGAUAGUGAUCACAAUUCUAUCUCCUUUAUCAUAGCAUUGGAGAGGGAUAAGAACAGUCAAGUUAGGAAAGCAUUUAAUUGGAGUAAAGGGAAAUAUGAAGCUAUCAGGUAGGAACUUUGGAAGCAUAAAUUGGGAACAUGUUCUCAGGGAAUGCACAGCAGGAAUGCGGCAAAUGUUCAUGGGAUAUUUGCGUGGUAUUCUGCGUAGGUACGUUCCAAUGAGAUGGAAAAAAUGGUGGGGCACAGGAAUCAUGAUGUACAAAGGUUGUUGUAAAUCUAGUUAAGAAGAGCUUAAAAAAACUAGGUAAUGAUAGAGAUCUAGAAGAUUAUGAGGCUAGCAGGAAGGAGCUUAAGAAUGAAAUUAGGAGAGACAGAAGGGGCCGUGAGAAGGCCUUGGCAGACAGGAUUAAGGAAAACCCCAAGGCAUUCUACAAGUAUGUGACGAGCAAGAGGAUAAAACGUCAGAAAAUAGGAACAAUCAAGUGAGACAGUGGAAAAGUGUGUAUGGAACUGGAGGAGGUAGCAAAGGUACUUAGUGAAUACUUUGCUUCAGUAUUCACCACAGAAAAGGAUCUUUGUGAUUAUAGGGAUGAUUUCCAGCAGAUUGAAAAGCUUGAGCAUAUAGACAUUAAGAAAGUUGAUGUGCUGGAGCUUUUGGAAAGCAUCAAGUUGGAUAAGUCACUGGGACCAGAGAAGAUGUACCUCAGGCUACUGUGGGAGUCAAGGGAGGAGAUUGUUGAGCCUCUGGCAAUGAUCUUUGCAUCAUGAAUGGGGAUGGUAGAGGUUUCAGAAGAUUGGAGGGUUGCAGAUGUUCCCUUAUUCAAGAAAGGGAGUAGAGAUAGCCCAGGAAAUUAUAGACCAGUGAGUAUUAAUUCAGUGGUUGGUAAGUUGAUGAAUUUGGAGAAGCAUAAUAUUGCAUUGCAUUUAUCUUCUUUACCUCUGACUAACUAUGAAAGUUAACAUUAAAGUAAUCUUGCAGUAGGAUUCCUAGACACAUUGGACCUCUGAUUUCAGAAUUUGCUUCCCUUUUAGAAAAUAGUCUACUCCUUCAUUCCUUCCACCAAAUUUCCUUACACUGUAUUCCAUCUCUCACAAUCUGUCCAACUCCUUCUGCAUUCCCCCUGCUUCCUCAUCUUUACCUGCUCCUCCACUUACCUUUGUAUCAUCUACAAAACUGGCCAAAAAAGGCAUGAAUUCAGUCAUCCACAUCAUUAAUGUAUAAAGUGAAAAGAAGCAGUCCCAACUGUUAUGUACCCCUAGGGUUUAUAUUUUCUGUGGACUAUCACUUUAAAAUGUCGGGAGAAUGAGACUGGCUUUUGGACACUGUUUGAGUUGCUAUUAAGAGAGAGAGAGGGAGAGACAGAGAAUACUCGAAAGAUUGAUGUUAUAGUUUCUCUACAAACUUGUUUACCUCUCCACAAGGACACUUGCCUGCUUGUAAAACUCUUACAGGGAGAGGAGGGCGGAGGAGGUUGAUGGACAGCUGUUGUCCAGCAUGUGGGGAUAAAUACCAGGUAUGCUGAUACACAGCCGGACACACGGUUUUGGACACUGGAUGAGCUUUGUUGUACCCACAGAAAGGUGGGGUUUUUGGAGGAUUGAUUCGGGGAAAUCGAUCAGUGGCUCUCGCAGUGUAAAAAGGUGUGACUGGUGAGGAAUUAUUUGUGUGUCCGCCCUUGCCUGGGUGAUAAUUUCAUCACUGAAAAACAGUUGCAUUCUGUUAUGGUCACAGUCGGUGACUUCAGCAGGAUUUCGGAAGACAAUGGAAAGAUCGACGGCAUCAGCUCACUUCUCACCUCUCUCUCUCUCCAACGUUACUCAACUAACUACCACAAACUGAACUGAGCUUUCUUCAUCAUCGUAAGACUAUCCAUUUACCCUUAGACUUGAAAAAGCUUGGUUUUUCUAUUUCCGCACAUAUGUGUGUGUAUAUAUAUAUAUAUAUGAUCAUUGCUAACCUGUUUGAUAUACCCUCAUUUAUGUUAUUAUAUUGCGUAGUUACUAAUAAACAC